GAACGCCUGGUGGGGUAGUGUUUCUUGAAUCCCGCGGCCAUGGUGGACGUUUUCAGAAAGAGCUGUUUGGCCAAUUCUGCCAGCAGCGUCAGCACGGCGGAACCUGAUGAGAACAAUCGGCUCAAGUGGCCACCGCUGGGGAUUUGUGAGAGCUGGAUGAGGGACUUUGACUCCUUCAAUCUGUUGAGCUUCAGCCUCCUGGACUUGGAACGCUUUGAGUUCGAUCAUGUUCUUCGUCCCAGCUCCGCGCUUUGGAAGGCCCAGAUCGAAGUGCACUUGGACCGCCGUGUGGGUUCGAAGGUGGUGGCAAAACGCUUUUUCAGGGCAUACCUGAAAGACAGCCCCGUGGACUUCCGAAAGGCCAAAUCUGGAGGAAGUGAAGACCCCUGGAGCGAACUUUUUCUAGCCCUCAAGCUGGGGAAACACCUCCCAGGUCCAGGGGUGCUUCCCUGCCAUGGGAUUUUCAUCCAUCCAUCGGGCGAUGUGAUGGUCAUGAUGGAAUAUGCAACCUGCGGCGAUCUCUUUGACUUGGCCGGCUGCUUGGGAGAGCCGGGUCCCCCACGAGAAGUCCUCGCGGUGCAGCUCCUGCGUUCGCUGCUCCGUGCCGUGCGCUUCCUGCACCACGAGGUGGGCAUCGCCCACGGCGACAUCAGCCUGGAGAACGUCCUUCUGCGCGACCGUCCGGACUCGACUGGAGGCCCCGACGUGGCGCUGUUGGACUUCGCGCGGGCCGUCUGUCACGGUGCGUCGGCCCGAGCCGAAGUGCGGCGCCACAUCGGCGCUGGAGACAUGUACCGCCCACCGGAGGGUUGGUGCGUUGAUGCCCGACGUGCCGACUUGUUUGCUUGCGGAGUGGUGGGCUAUGUGUUGGCCAUUGGGACCUACCCCUGGCAGAGCACCCGAGGCUGCAAGGCCUUCGAGUACGUCAAGAAGAAUGGCUUGGCCCGCUUCUUCCAGAAGCGCACGGUCCCGGUUGGUUCAGCUCAGGUGCCCGUGGCCGAGCUACUGUCGCCACGCCUUCAAGCAGCGCUCAUGGCACUCCUUGAUGUGGACUCCUUCCACUGCUCCGAGCUCUGCGAAAUGCUUCUGGAUGGACUCUUGAUGGAGCAGAGGGCCCAGCCCUUCGAGACGGAGCCGGCGACGCCUUUGUCUCGAUGCUUUGGUGGGGUGUUUUUCGUUGUCAAGUGCUUGGUGAGAUGACCCAUGGAGGGUUUGGAAUGGUCAAACGACGAAUUCAAGAAAUGGAGUUGGUCCGAUACGACAGCAGUUCGGAGGAGUUUUUUGUUGACCAAGAUCGGUUUGGCCAUUUCCUGUGGUUUUUCAGGAUUUUCGAGAGGAGUAGAUCGACCGGCAGGAAGAAGCAGGCGGCAACCCAAGAAACUUGGGAUUUUCGGGGAGGUUGGCAUGACCCUCUGGGUGCCAACUAUCUUGAGCCAGCUUGCCUCCUGAAAAGGUUCAAUUGUAGGGCACGCUGCAGUUAAGCCAUUAAGGCCAAGCGGCCGUGUGUCUAGCCCCAAUCUUGUGAUUUCAAUAUUUAUAUAUACUGUAUUUCAAUCGCGACGGGCCACACCCAAAUGAGAGCUCUUACGAUAGUUUCUUGAAUUCUGGAGUCAUCAUAUGAAUUCGUGGCGUGUGUCCAAGGCCAAAAAGUUUUGCACGACACCUCAAGCAACUGAAGUUUGGGUGGGGUCCGACUUCAUGACCGCCUGAUCCAGGUCAGGCUGCCGGCGCCCCCGGCCUGGUUUUUUCCAAGCAGAAGAGUUUUUGAACAUGCACCUGGAUGGUGAAGAGGAAGACUCCAUUGGCAGAUAUCCCAGGAGAAUUGAAGUCUUCAUGUUGUGGGCUUGUGAAAGGUCUUGGGUUUUCUGCUGUUCGCGGCGAUUGUGAGACUGGCCGCUCCAAAAAGGGCAUUUUUCUUCGAUCACAUGUUCAAAAGGCAACCAUUUGUUUUGACUAGUAGGAGGAGAGGUUUCAGUUUGCAAGAGCAUGCACGCCAGCAUCGCGGAAAUGCCGCCCUCGAGCGAAUUCAGCUUGUCGUGGACACUGUGCAGCCACAGCUCGUUUUGCUCACAAGGCAGUUUGCAGACACCAGUUCUGCAGCAGCCCUUCGCAAACGCCGGCGGUACUUGUGGGUCCUUGGCCUCUUGGCUGCCGGGUGCAUCGACGAAGGCUUCCGCCGGUGUCUUCAAUUCUGGGCGGUGGUGUUCCCGCUGUGGUGUCACUAUUUGUGGGUCGACAAGGUGAGUCACCGCAAGGAUGGUGCACAGGGGCUGGAAGCUAGAGAUGCAGAGUUCAGCAAACUGCAUGUCCGAUAUUCUCCCAUUAUUCGUGGAGCCACGUUGUACAUGAGAGGCUUCUACCUCAAAGCUGCACAGCUAGUUUCUACUCGAGAUGACUUCCUGCCGGAAGUGUAUUUGGAAUGGUGCCGCAAACUGCAAGACGAGGUUCCCAUGACCUUGUCCUCAGACGAAGCGCGGAAGGUGAUUGCAAAGGAGCUGAAGUUGGAGGAUUUGGAUGCCUUGUUGACCGACUGGGUGGAGGAGCCCAUUGGUACGGCUUCGAUUGGUCAAGUCUAUCAGGCACGGUUGAGGUCCACCGGAGAAGACGUGGCGAUCAAGGUCCAGGUUCCCAACGCAGAGAAGAUGUUUCGUGCCGACAUCAGCUGCCUGAAGAUGUUUACGUAUCUGGCCAUUCCAUGGGCCUUUGAGCAGAUGAAAGAGAUUGAGAAACUGUUUGAGGCGGAGUUUGACUACUUGGAAGAGUUUCGCAAUUUGGAGGCCAUGCGCACCAAUUUGCUGCCCAAGUGGGGGCACCGGAUCUACAUCCCCAGGCCGAUGAAGGAGCUGAGCUCGCGCCAUGUUUUGGGGAUGGAGCUGCUAAAAGGUGAGAAGUUCAUCUCCGCGGUGCGGCGGCGCUUGAAGCCGUUGGCCGAGCGGGAGGGGAAGACCGUGGAGGAGUAUGAACAGGAGCAGAUAGAGGCCCUGAGGAGUGGGCGACGCAAGGCGGAGGCCGCCUGGUGGCUCCGCUGGAAAGCGCUCCUGGGCCGAUGGAUGCAUCGCGUCCGGCACUUCGGCCGCCGGGACUUGGAGCCUUUGGAUGUCGGGGGGAUCUUUGAGAUGUUGAUGCAGAUCCACGGGCAGCAGAUCCUGCUCGAUGGGUGUUUCAAUGCGGACCCACAUCCUGGGAACAUCCUUCUGCUGGAGGAUGGGACAACUCUGGGCCUGAUUGACUUUGGUCAGGUGAUGUACCUCCCACAGGACUUCCGCGUGAAGCUGGCGCGGCUCAUCGUCGCCCUGGCCGAGCGCCAGCCCGAGCAAGUGGCGCGCUACGAGAGUGAGAUCGGUGUCAAGCGCAAAUACUACAAGCAAGAUGUUCAGUAUCGCCUUUGUUCAUUCUGGCUCGACCGUGACGAUGAGGAGAUCACCCAGGGCCUCAACAUCUUUGACUUGCUCGUCUGGGGCGAGUCGGAGGAUCCAGUGCUGUCCCUCCCGGAGGGCUAUUACUUGGCCUGUCGGUGUUCGACCACGCUGAGAAGCACGGCCCUGGCCUUUGGCGUGUACAUCUCCAGCGCGGCCUAUUGGAAACCCUAUGCCGAGGAGGUGCUACGUCGCAAUCAGGCAUGAGGAAAGAAGACGUGGGAGAAGACCUCCAGAGGCUUCAGAGGCUGAAAGAAGUGGGGUAUGAGUUGUGCCACCAGUCCCCAGAGGCCCCACAGUCGGACCUAGUUCUGCUAAGACGAGCAAGUGGCCAGCUGAAGCUGAAGUGCAUCCAAAAGCACUCAAGCGAAGAGAAGGACAAAUGUGCCAAAUGUGCCUUUAUGAUCUUCCUGCACCUUUUUGCUGCAUGGUCAUUGAUCCGUUUGUUUGCAUCUCUAUCCUUCUUGCCUGUCGAUCUGUUUGCCCACCUACCUCUGCACAAAAAAGGAUUCCAUUGAUGGUCUUAUACAUGACCCUUUAACUUGACCUUUGCCGCCAUCGUGAUGGGACAAGCAACGUAGGCAUCAAACGAGACCAAAGUCUAAAGUCGAUGG